CUUGAACACACUCUGUUCGCAACUCUACUUGCUUGUUUAUUCAUGAAGAUGGGAACAAACUGCAGUGUUUCUCCAAAGACCAUAAACUGUCUGUACGACAUUGCCAGUGAUGCAGGCCUGGUUCCUGAUGCCUCCUUGGAUGCCUCCCUGGCCACUAUGUUGUCUCUGAACUCGUCCCGGGCUCUGGAGCAGCAGUACUCAGACCUGCAGAGUGGUAUGACUCAGCAGCAGAGGUUUGCCUUCAACGGCGACAUCAGCACCUUGUUCGGAGGAAACAUGACGGUGACUUAUGGGGGCGUGGGUGUUGUCGCCCUGGCCCUCUCUAUUUUAUUUGAGAUGCUAGCCCAUCACCAGACCACUGGCUUAGGUUUAAGGAGGCCUGAGGCCAUCUCCCAGCCUCCAGAUCCCAUACGCAGAAUGUUUGGGGCUGAUCCAGGAUCGGACAUCAGCUCCAUUGCCAGCGAGUUCCUCAAACAGAUUCCUGGUGCAGCCAAUGACCAGGACAAGAUGGUAGCACUGCUGGAGAACUACGAGAGAAAGCUCCGGGCCGAGCUGGUGGAUUUCUAUGAGAGGAUGGUGUCGCUGGAGAGGAUUGCACUCAGCUCUGCUGGGGUGAAGCAAUGGAUGAAUGGGGCUGCUCUCCACAUCCACACCUUCCUCCAUUGGAAUCGCCUGACCAACCCCUCAGCUGGAGAGCACUUAAGUCUGGACUACCUGCAUCAGGUUGACCCUCUGCUCAAGGCCUACAAAGAGUAUCUGCUCAAAACGGUUAAAGUGUUUCCAGCCUUGAGCCCUGGCCCCAGUGGAUCGCUGAUAGUGGAGCCUUUGAGAAAUGUAAGCCACGAGGUUAACCUUAAAGUCUGUGAGCGUAAAUUAAUCCAACGGGCUCUUGCAGAGAGAUUCCUAUCAGCCCAGAACCUGCAAAGAGGAAAAGAGUUCUUCCAGAGUUCCCACAAACACCAUGAAGCUCUAAUGGCACAGCAAGAACACUUUGUCCUGAGCAUGGUUUGAAAACAAGUUACUGGCUAUAAUUGAUUAUCUCUCCAGAACAGCUAAACCCCAUUCCAUCAAUUCCCCUACCAUAGUUUAGCAACUGUAACUUGGUACACAACUGAAUGUCUUCACAUGCUGACUUGUUGUGCAGGUGACUGUAAUAUUAGCAAUACUCUAUGAAGAGUUUGGAUCAUGAUUUCUUUUUUAAACUCUCCAAAACCUAAAAUAUAGGAAUAAGAUAUUGAUACUUCAACAUUUUGGGGUUAUGGUUACAUUA